AUGCUGAGCACCUCGGCAACGCCCGCUCAGAGGUCCUACAUCCAGCAGCAACAGCAGCAGCAACAGCAACAGCAACAGCAACAGCAGCCUGCGAAUUCUCGACCGAGCCUGGAUGGCCUACAGCCUCAAGCACCCAAUGGAGGCCGCAACAUCUCGGCCUCCGCCGUGAGCUUUGCGUCCCGCGGCCCGUCGCUUAACCCGUCGCCCAUGCCCAUGCCAGGCAGUUUCAGCUCUGAGCUCCGCAGCCAGAUGAACCUCUCGCGCGCCGGCUCGCGACUCGACCUGUUUCCUUCGCUCGAAAAGUUGGACGAGGAUGAUGAGCCGAUCCAGGAGGAGAAGUCGCUCGCGUACCUGCGCGAAGCGCUCAGCCGCGAGAUGAAGAUCAAGGAGGGCUCCGAGAACAUGCUGGAAGCGCUGCAUUCUAAGAAGGCGAAGCAGACCAGGGAGCAGCGGCAAAGAGUCGAGGCCGAGCUGAAUUCGUCCAACCAGCGGAUCAAGGAGCUGCGCCAGAAACUCACAGAUGCCCAGCGGGUGAAGGCUGCCCCGACAACCCCCACGAGGACCAGGACAGAGGGCCUGGUUCCGGGCGUCAAUAGCUUGCGCUCCCCUCCGAGCGCUUCCAGGAGCGGUGCCGGAUCCGAUGUCGACGAGCCCACCGAAUCGCCUACCUUCAUACUCACCGAAAUCCUGCAGGCGCUAGAGGUGGCUGGUAUGAGCCCGGACUACUACGUCGCCAGGGCAAACAGCCUGGUAGAUCUCUUUAAGCGGCACCCCACGCUGAAGUAUGACUUGGUGUGGUCGGUGUUUGGCCUCCGCAUGCAAGCCAUGCUCUUGAGCGAGAGCCGCGAAGUGGUAGCCGCCGCGUAUAGGAUGAUACGAUACGCCAUUUCGGACAUCAGCUCGCUCAGGAAGAUCCGUGCGCUCAAUACUGACUACUUGGUCACAUGGUCCCUGAUUAAGGAUCGUAAAUCCGACGUCGAACGUGAGCAGGCCCUCAAGUUUGUGCGUGCUUUCCUGGACGUCAAGGAUGGCGUCCGCGAGAUAUCGAGAGCCGUCGUCAGAUCGAUUGCGGCGGCCGCGGAGGAGCCAGAGGAGAGACUGCGGCCCAUCUGCAUUGAGACGCUGGCCGAGAUCCUGGUCCGCGACCCCCAGCUGUUGAUUGCUUCCGGCGGUAUGUCCGCUCUACACGAAGCGUUGGCGGAUGGCUCGUACAAGGCAUCAGAGAGCUUGACGGCUGCCUUCCUCUACCUCCUCGACGGUCCAGACCGGCGCAAGUACUUGCGCCCGGGCAACGAGCUCGACGUUCUCUUCACCGCCUUCACGGACGAGCUGUCAUCCAACGAGCGCUUUCUGAAGCAAAGCGCCAAGUCCGUAGCUUCGGCGCUCAGGACGUGGUCGGGGCUCAUGACCUUGUCCAUGUACAAUUUCCGCGCCAUCAGAUCCAUGAUCACCAGUAUGGUGGUACAGACGGGACCUAUCCGGGAAACGAUCCUGGAUCUCAUCUUCUCGCUUCUCCGCAUCAAGCCUCCAGCAUGGGCAACAUCAUUCCUGGCCGGCCGGCGGCUUACAACCUACGGCCGCGUCACGAACCUCAAGUCUACCAACACCAAGGGUUCUUCUCACAAUGAAUUCGAGGAAGAAGGAGGAGAGCAGAAUUUCCUGGAACACUACACGGCCCUCCUGCUCGCGGUAUUCAUCAAGUCUGGUGUCAUACCAGCACUCCUCAAACUCACCCAGGACAACGAAAGCGCAACCCUCAAGCGGAAAUCCACCCUGUUGAUAGGAGAGGUGCUCAGAUUGUCCAGUCGUCUGCUUCCGCCGUCUUGGAGCAGCGAGCUGCAGUUGCUUCCCGAAUUGUUCGUUGCGGCCGCCAGGCUAAAGGACGAGGGCCACUUCGCCGCCACUGGGGUUGUCUACCAAAUCAGCAGCGUCAGCAAGACCCUGUACAGGUCCUCCCCGUCCGCUUAUCUUCCUUCCGCCCACCAUAGCAUGGACCUCGGCGCACUUGACGAGCACCCCAAAAGCAACACGGCAAUCAACUUUGACGACGGGACAUUCCGGCAGCUCCUGCUCGAGUCCAACGUGCUGAGCAGCUCGAACUACAACAAGUGGAACUGGGAUGUUAUUCUCAGGCUCAUCGAAGGGCCACUGACCAGCGGGAAGAGACUUGAGGAGGCCAUCAAGGCGUCCAAGUUCAUGAAAAGGAUCAUGAGCUUCUAUCGCCCAUUCAAGUUCAAGUUCUCGGAGAUCAAAAGCUCAAGGAAUACACAGAAGUACGUCAGAGCCGGAUGUGCCCUGAUGCAUGCUCUGCUGCAGAGUCCCGAGGGAAGCAGGUACCUGUCCGACAAUAAACUGCUACGACAGAUCGCCGAGUGCUUGGCCCAGUGUGAUCCUACCAGCGGCCUGACGGCACAAGACCCCAUGUUCUCCAAGGACCGUCUCACCGAUACACUUUGCGGUGGGUACUUCCCAAUGCUCGGGAUCUUGAGCGGGGACGCAAAGGGAAUGCAGAUGCUGGACAGAUGGCGCAUCUUCAACAUGAUGUACCGCAUACUUGACCUCAAGCAGCGGCCGGACCUCAUCAAGCUCAUGCUCGCCAACUUCGACUAUUCUCUGCAAGGGCACCCUCGCGUGCUGCUUUCGAAGGCCCUGACCGCCGGGACGAAGGACAUCAGGAUCUACGCGACGAAUGCGCUGAGGAAGUACGUGACGCAUCCACGGAUGGGAGCCCAGGGUCAGGAACCUGCGGAUUCGAAGUGGGCCAUUCAGCUUCUGGUGACUCAGUUGUACGAUCCAGAAGUCGAAGUGUGCGCGACAGCCGUCAAGAUCCUGGAAAAGGCGUGCAACACAAAGAACCACCUCGAGUACAUCGUCGAAUGCCGGCCAGCGCUCGAUCACCUGGGCGAGAUAGGAGCUCCCCUGCUCUUGCGCUUCCUCUCGACCUCGAUUGGCUACCACUAUCUUGACGGGCUGGACUACAUCAGCAACGAGAUGGAUGACUGGUUUCUGGGCCGGAACGACUCGUAUGUGAGCGUCAUCGAGGCGAGCCUCGCGCGCUCCUUCCUUGAUCAGCAGGAUGACCACGCGACAAACCGAAUCAGCGUGUUUGGCGACGAGCACGAGAUGGAGGCCGACAGUCACGUACCGCCACACUUCUACCGCGAGCUCACUCGGACAGAGGAGGGCUGCAGGCUGCUCAGUGACAAAGGCCACUUUGACGAAUUUGCCGCCACGAUCCGCGAGCACGGCAUGCAGUCGGACGACGCGGAGAUGAUUGUCAAAGUGAAAGGCUGUCUCUGGGCCGUGGGAAACGUCGGCUCUAUGGAACUAGGCGCGCCAUUCCUGGAAUCUUCCGACGUGGUCGAGCAGAUCGUCAAGAUAGCCCAGCACCACGAGGUCAUGAGCCUGCGGGGGACCGCCUUUUUCGUCCUGGGGCUCAUCUCCCGCUCCAUCCACGGCCUCGAGAUCCUUUCCGAGAACGGCUGGGACUCCAACACGAACAUCCUGGGCCACUCUCUCGGCCUUUGCAUCCCCACCGACCUCUCCCAGCUCCUCUCCCUCCAGCCAUGGCAACACACCCCGGUGACCGAGAUUGAGCUCCCCGACAGCCAGAAGACCGAGACGACCAAGCUGCCUGCCAUGCCCUCCCGCCCGCGUUCCGAGUCCCUGCUCAAGGCGCUCCAAGAGGAGGCAGAGCAGGAAGCCGGCGUGGACGGAGAGCACUCCGGUCUCGUAGUACCGCGCGUGGAACUCGAUCCUGACCCGACCAACCAGCGCAUCCUGGAGCUGGUGAUCGACAUGUCGAACAUGGUGCUGUACCGACGCGCUCGCAACGAGCUAAUGCAGAUCAAGACGCAGAAGAAGGCGGCAGGGUUCUCGCAGCCGCAUCUCUUCCGUAAGGUUAUGUCGUUGCUGGAGUGCCACCAUUACAGGCUGGCGGAUCGGAAUAUGAUCGUGGGCUUGUUUGAUAAGAGUGUCCUGAGAGCAGUGGUGUACAGGGAGGACGAGAGCGAGAGAGGAGAGGUGAGUGAGGAGGAAAGCGAGGAGGAAGCUGGGGACCGGGGUGGAAGCGGAAUGGCGGUUAAGCCAGGGAAGCAGAGCGAGAGCGAGAGUGAGGAAGAGGAAGAGGAAGAGGAAGAGGAGGAGGAGGAGGAGAGGGAGAACGGCGACGAAGAGGAACAGAGCUCUGGUGAUGAGAAACUCACAGAGCGGCAGAGGAGCAUCAGCGACCCGGCACACAAGAAAAGAGCGGGUAUGAUUAGCAGACGGUUCGCCCGAUAG